CACCAUCUCCAAGGUCUCCUCGCGAUGCAACCAUCCCUCUCCGCGGCCCUCUCCUCCGCAUCCCCCAUCACAAUUCUCGCCCCCUCCAACGACGCCUUCACCAAAUUCCUCGCCACCGCAGGCGGCAUGUCCGCCUCAAAGGACUCCGGCAUGGUCGCCGGCCUCCUCGAAUACCACGUCCUGAACGGCUCGUUCCCUUCCACGGCGUUUACUACCGAGGAGCAAUUCGUGCCGACUCUGUUGACAAAUGCGAGUUUCACGAAUGUAACGGGCGGUCAGGUCGUAGCGGGCAUGUUGAGCGGGAAGACGGUCGAAAUCAUGAGUGGGUUGAAGGAAAUUAGUAAAGUUACCACUGCUGACGUCAUGUUCACCGGCGGCGUAAUCCACAUCAUCGACACCGUCCUCACAGUCCCUCUCCCACCAUCCACCUCCGCUCUCGACAGCUCCCUAACUGCUUUGGCCGGGGGCCUCGAGAAGACAAACCUCGUCUCAGCUGUCGAUUUCCUGAAAGAUGUCACCAUCUUCGCCCCUUCCAACGCAGCGUUCCAAGCCAUCGGGUCCGCGACCACUGCUUUGUCUACUACGCAAUUAUCAUCCAUCCUCGAAUACCACGUCAUAAACGGCACCGUGGGGUACAGCACCCUUCUGUCCACCGGGCUGGCAAACGAGACGUUCCCUACGCUGAUGGGCACCGAGGUCGCGGUCGAGGCUGUGAAUAAGAAGGUUUUUGUUGAUGCGGCGAUGGUUACUAUUACUGAUAUUAUUGUGGCGAAUGGGGUUAUGCAUGUUAUUGAUAAUGUCUUAAACCCAGCAAACAGCACAGCAACACCCAAUCCCGCAGCUUCGACACAAGCGGUCGUGUUCGCAGGCGCAUCGAGCGUGAGUCAAGUCCCCUUCACAAGUGGCGUCUCAGCUACGACUACAGCACCGAGCGCGAGUACCAUGACGGCCGGCGCAGAGAGGGCGUAUGGCACGAUGGGUGUUGCGGCUCUGCUUGGGAUGGGGGUUAUUGCUGGUGCUUUUUAGGAGCUCAUGCAGUAAAAAUCAAAGAGAGG